AGAAAUUGGACGCCGUGUAAAUUACAGGUCCAAAUAUUAUUCAAACUAUUCCUUAUUGAAUCUUACGCACAUUAAAACAUUAAAACUCAUUAAUCAGUGAAGCCUACCAAUAGAAUCAAGUUCAUAAUUUUGAAGUGGACAGAUCUAGCCUCUUAAUUGCGGAAAAAAGUCGGAUGCAGAGAAAGAAAGUGAGUCUAUUUCCUUGGUUGAUGUAGAAAAUGUUGGAAGUGAACAAAUCCGAGGACUGCGAUUGGAGCAAUGGUGGGGGCCGUUCGCAACGCCGGCGAGUAGUUAACCAGCAACGAGUGCAGGCCCAUAGACCCACGAGGAAAGGUGCCGGUAUCAUUUCGAGUCGGGAAUCAGCAAAGAACGUUACUGCCAGAAGUUUCAAUAUAUUUGCAUUAUUCACGUUAACGAGUUGCGUUAUUAAGACUCAUAUCAGUGUCAUACGUUACAUUAUCAGAUGCAUGAUGGGGAUGAUGGGCAUGUUCAAGUGGUUGAGAAAGGACAUCAUUCAACGCGAUCGGAAUCGCCGGCCUCUGUCACCAAAAUUCGAUGGCCUCAAUAACGAGGCGUACAGAAAUGCGAUCCAAGCAUUCAUCGAGAGGCGAAAAAGUCCGAGUGACUCGAACUUCAUUGUGGCCCCAAACAGCCCAGACAAAGUUCGGCUGGAUUUUCUCAUCAAGAAAAAUUACGAGAACAACAAAAAUAAGAACAAUAAUCGAGAAGGAAUGAUGAUGCCGGGUGUGCCACACGUGCCUGCGCCUGAUAUUUUCGAGAUCGGUUGGGUGGCGGGCACUGAGGAUCGGUACUUGGAGCUUAUUUACGCUGAGUGGCAUAAUACGAGGGUGUCGUUGAGGAGGCAUAUCCAUCCUGAUUGUAAGAAUGCUGUGAGGGCAGAUCUUGAAGUACUUUCAGAAAUCCGUCACCCAAAUGUUUUACUUCUGAUGGGCACAACUCAAACUGAAGAGCAUGGUCUCGUAGCGAUUUUCGAGCCAGUGGAUUGUACUCUUUUCAACUACAUUCACGAACAGGGUGAACGAAUAUCGGUUCAAGGUGUAGCAAAAUGUGCCGGAAAUUUGACAGCAGCCCUGAAACAUGCCCACAUGCGUGGCUACAUCCACAGUGCUAUAAGCCCCCACUGCGUCUUCCUCGCAUCCACGGGGAUUGUCAAACUCGGGGGCUGGGAAUUAGCUACCAAUGUCAAUGGACCAAAGAUAUUUCACGAUUACGAGGAUCGUCUUCGCUCAGAGAUCUUCCGCUGGCAGGCACCUGAGCUCCUCAGUGGUCAUGAGGCCUCAGCAGCCACCGACAUUUACAGCCUGACACUGCUAAUGUGGGAGAUGUGCACGACGAAUAUACCCUGGAACAACCUGAGUAAAACUGAAGUAGAAAGACAGUACCUUCACUACAGAAGAGGAGUAAUAAUCGAUCUCUACAACUUCCCUCCCCUCCUCAACAAUCUUCUCGAUGCAGGUCUCCAGUUGGACGUCACUAAGCGCACCUUGGACAUGUCAAAGCUGAGCAGAUACCUCCAGAGACUAGAGAUGCAGUACGAGGACGACGAGCCUAUUUACAUCGAGCAAAUAACAAACAACAACAACAAACCAGAAACUCCCCCGAGCUGCAAAUCUCCAGUUGUCACCAAAUGCACAUCUGCAGAGUCACCAAGGCGUCACACAAGACAAUCGGUGGCUUAUCAGACCUCAGCAAACGACAAACCAAAGCCCCCUGACUCUAUCGAAACUCGAGACAUCUUGGACGAAGUGCUCAAGUCCACAAGUGUUAAAAAUGCAAAUGUAAUUACCAAAAACAUGAGAACUGACGCCAGCAAAAAUCGAGAUCUAAAAAUCAGAAGAACAUCGUGCACAGCAGGAACCAAUGAUUCACCUGAGGAAGCCCCCAGUGAUCCUAGAGUGAAUAUAAAGAAAUUGAAAGAGUCCCUUGCAAGUAAACGAGAGACGUUCUUCUACGGACCUGACUCCUCCAAUUGCUCACCCACAGAGAAGAGAGAGAACCUGAAAUCCAAAAUGUUGAGACAAAUCAGAAGCAAGGAUUACGAGCCACACAAACCGGCCAGUCACAAGACAAGUCUAGAACUGAAAUUGAACAAGUCUCCAAGUCAAUAUGGUACAUACACAAAAUCAACGAAUAUAAAAACCCAUAAACCAUAUUCUUAUGUUCCAACGCCCAUCAGAGGCGCUAUAAUUCAGCCCCAGGUCCUGAAUCCCGACUCAAGUAGCUUCUUCGAGACAUCAUUAUGGAGAAAAGAGAAAGAGAUUUGUAUUUCAAAAAUGCGAAAAAGUAAUCCUGGUGAAUAUCAGUCUGUGUACAUGCCUAAUGGGGAGAUCAACAGAGAGGCCAAGAGAUCACCCGAGAGUAAUGAGACUUACACUAUUAACGGAAGUAAUGAUUCAGAAAAUAGAAAGACUUUCACCAUUACUGACACAUCGCAGGACAUGACUGCCAGCUCAAUGCCAAGGAGUGUGUCCCUUCAAGCCCUCAAAGAUGCGUUGGACAGAGCAACUGACAUCGUAAAAUCUACAACUCCAAAUAUGUCAACUACACCAGUGCCUGUUUCACCUGGAUCGAAUGGUUCUUCUCCAUUCAGGAGCCCAAAAAGCUUUGGCGACGAUAUUGCUAACUCGAGGGAGAAUGAGUCAGUGUUCGAGGAGCUCUACAAAUUAAACGAAAUGACUGAUGAGGAGAUAAAGAGCAUUGAGAGGUCAGCAAGUGGAGAUACAUUUGUUGUUAAUAAUAAAGAUGACAAAACUGGGAAAGAAAAAUCGGAAGGAAAAGAUGAAAAGGACACAGACAAAGCCCAAAAUUGUGCAAAUUCUCAGCGCACAUCUGCUGAGUUCUCCAGGACACUCUUUCAUUGUGCCUCCAUUGCUGAAAAAUCUAUUGAACAGGAUCAAUCGGGCUUGGAGAAGGAUUGGGAACCUGAAACUGUGCUUCAUGAGUCUGUUACUGUUGGGGAGCGGCUUGGAGGCUCUGGCCCCCUCUCUGUAUCUAGCUCAACUGAUAAAUGUAAAGGAGAUGAACAGAAUGAAUCCAAUUUCACACUUUUAGUGUUCGGGGAUAAAAACAAGGAGAAGGGAUGCUUCUCCUGUACAAAGGGGAGUUUAGCUAGGAGACGAUCACUGCCAGCUCACCUGGGACAGUUGAGGAGCCUGAGUAAUACUCCACUGGGCAAGAUACCUAUCAGAAGGAUUGAGCUUCCAGACAAUACAGUCGAGGAUAUCUACAUUGACGAUGAGUUCGGAGACAGUCUGGCUGUGAAUAUGGUACUCCUAAACGAAGAUGAACCAGCAGACGACGAAGAAUUUCUUCCCGACCUUCUUGAACUCUCUGAUGGAUCUCAUGAGUGCACUGAAUACUCAUAAACUCGCCUAUACCUUCAACUCCAAAGCAUAAUUUACAAAAUUGUAGUUAAUCAUUCAUUAAUCAUUUCAUAACUUCACUGAUUUCCAAUUCCUUUGGAAGAUAGAUUAACAAUGAAUAUUUAAAGACUGCCAUGACAUCUGUAACGAAUAAUAUUCUCUCGUCUUUUACAAAUUUAACGUCAAUGAAAUAGAAUUUUUUAAUAGUUUCUUUGAGAAGGAUUAUUUUUAUUAUCUGACAGUCCAAAGUUCAAUGUUUUGUUUUUUUCAUUUUGUCUGUAUAAAUGACGUACUAAGCUGUUUCCUGAUUUUUUUCAUCAUUACCAAACUAGGCUCAGCCUUUAAAAAAACCUGUGAGAUUAUUAUUUCGUAUCAUGUGAAGUCAUAAAUUUCAAUCUUUUUAUUUUCCAUUUAAUUCUUAAGAAACAGUAUUAAUGAUUAGAUGAAAAUACAGAACAAUGACAUCAUUAUACAUAUAUUUGUGAUAUAAAAAGGAAGAAUAAAAUAAAGAUUUUCAAUUCA